AUGGAGAUCUUUCAUCCCUUCUUCCUCCUCCUCCUCGCUGGCCUGCUGGGGUCUCUUGCUCAGGAAGAUCUUGGAAGAAAGGUCUUCAUCUUCCCAGAAUCAUCGAACACGAGCUAUGUGUCUUUGAAGGCCACCUCACAGCAGCCUUUGACCAGCUUCACCAUCUGCCUGAAAUCCUACACUGACAUGACCCGUGCUCACACCCUCUUCUCUUAUGCGACCAAGACGAGCGACAAUGAGAUUGUCGUCUUCAAAUCCAAACCCAAUGAAUACAGCCUUUAUGUGGGGUCUGUAGAUGUGAUUUUCCUCCUCCCAGAGAAGCUGGCUUUAAAACCAAGCUGGGAGCACCUCUGUAUGAGCUGGGAGUCUGCGACGGGAUUAGUGGAGUUCUGGCUGGACGGGCAACCGUUCCCCCGAAAUGGUAUGAUGAAAGGUCAUAGUAUUAGCACGGAGGCCUCUAUUGUCCUUGGACAAGAUCAAGAUUCCUUUGGAGGUGGCUUUGAUAUCAACCAGUCCUUCGUAGGGGAGCUCAUGGAUGUGUACAUGUGGGACCGAGUGUUGUCUGACGAUGAAAUGUGCCCUGUUUGGGAUAACCUGGUUCCUUCCAACCCAAUAAUUAAUUGGAGAGCGUUAAAUUAUGAUCUCAGGGGUUACAUGGUUGUUAAGCCCUCCCUGUUUCCCACCUGCAGAGCUGGGUAG